UGACGCCGGCUCUGUGCCCUUGCUGCAGUGCUGCGGGCCGAGAAGGAGCUGCACGAUGCGGCCAGGCGAAACGACACGGCCGGGAUGGAGGAGCUCAUCAGGAAAGGCGUGGAUAUCAAAGCCAAGAACAACACAGACCGAACUGCCCUGCACUGGGCUGCAGGAGCAGGGAAUGAGGAGGCCGUGCGGCUGCUGCUGGACCACGACGCCCCGCUGGAUGAUGAAGACAGUUUUGGGAUGAACGCGCUUCUCCUGUCUGCCUGGUUCGGCCACCUCCGUGUCCUGCAGAUCCUCGUCAAUGCCGGCGCCAAAAUUAACUGUGUCAAUAAGAAUGGCAGGAACCUGCUCCACUGCGCGGCUCAGAGGGGACACCUSCGGGUGGUGGAGUUCAUCAUGGAGGACCUGGAGGACAUGUGUGUGGAUGAGACAGACAAGGCAGAGAGGACGGCGUUUCACCUGGCUGCAGAGCAUGGGCAGCUGGACGUGGUGGAGUUCCUCAUUCGGCUGGGUUGUUCUCACAGCGUUAAAGACAAGGAAAAGAAUACAGCAUUGCAUUUAGCUGCUAAAAAUGGACAUCUCUCUGUGCUGCAGAAGAUUUUAGACAUUGGAGUGGACCUUGAUGAAAAGAACUUAGAGGGACUCACAGCCCUGCACCUGGCUGCCGAGGGGGGCCACGGCUCCUGCGUGAAGCUGCUCUUGGAGGCAGGGGCGGAUGUGAACGCCCAAACCCAGAAGAAGAUGACCUGCCUCCAUUACGCAGCGCUGCAYGGCCAUGAGGAGAUAGCCCGGGUCCUCCUGGGUGCAGGAAUCCACAGGGACGCCGUGAAUUACCAAAAUGCCUCGGCUACGCACAUUGCAGUGCUGCAGAACUUCCCAGCCAUGGUGAAGAUCUUCAUUGACGCAGAGUGUGACCUCGACAUUGCAGAUAAUAGGCAGCAGACUUCGCUCCACGUCGCUGCAGAGCAUGGCAGGCAGGACAUCGCUGAGAUGAUUCUCAUUGCAGGAGUCAACCUGAAGCUGACAGACAAGCAAGGGAAAACGUCCUUGGAUGUUGCAGCCCGAGGCAAUCACGUCAACGUGGCGGACAUGAUCAUCAAAGCGGAUCGGUUUUACAAGUGGGAAAAGGACAAUCUGAACAGCGAUUCCGACUCCUGGGUAGCGAAACAUUUGACUUUCAAGCAAGAUCACCAGCUGGAAACACAGCACAUCCGCUCGGURAUGUGGAGAUUAGCCACUAAAUACCUCAGACCUGGUGAAUGGAAGAAGCUGGCACAUUGCUGGAAGUUCACGGAUGCGCACGUCAGAGCCAUCGAGCAGCAAUGGACAGGUACAAAAAGUUACAGGGAACACGGCCAUCGGAUGUUGCUUAUUUGGCUUCACGGUGUGAUCAUGGCAGGAGAAAAUCCUAUCAAGGGAUUAUAUGAAGGUCUCGUGGGGAUUGGAAGAAGAGAUUUAGCAGAAAGCAUUCGGAAAAAAGCAAACGCAGACUCCACUUCCCCAAGGAAGUGCACAGCAAUGUAAAUCCCAAGGGGCAUCCCAAGGAAUGGUCCUUCCAUCAGCUGCCUCGGAGCUGCAACAGCACCACUCGCUCUGCCACCCCUCAAAAGGCAGCUGUGAUUUAAGGGCUCGUGUCACAGAAAGUUGGCAUCGCUGCUGCGUCCCUCUUGGAGUGAAACAARAGCAGCAGCAGAUGCCAAUAAACGCUAAUGCCCCUUCUACCUGAAGGGAGAUUUUACUUGCUCUUGCACAGGUUCUGGUUACAGUGAUCRUACUGAAGGAUGUAAACCUCACUUGCCACGCUGCAAAUGAGCAUCGGGAAAUGGGACACUGUUUUACUGUGCUUUGUUUACACAACGUUUUUGUACGUAAAUUUUUAUCAUGAAUUUUCUAAGUUAACUGGGGGAAUGUGUUUAAAUUUUCUGUAUGCACUUUUUCUUYUUUUUUUUGUCCAUAAGUUCUGCCUUUUUGUGUUUGUAACCUCAUUGUUUUCUCUGAGCAAACUGCUGCACUGACAGAGAAGUGGUUCUCAGCACUGUUUCCCCUCAAUGGGGAACAUCAAGGCACUGACUUUGUUUCUCUUGGAACCUUGAAGGGGAUAGCCUUUAAAGCUUAGACCAUCUUCCUMAAAAGUUUCAGAAAAGAAAAUUAACAUGUCAGUGUAUUAUUUAUAAAGCAAAUAGGUAUAUUCUUUGCUCUCUCGAAGGCUACAACUUGAAAAACUGUGAUGAAAAUGGCUUUGAGYCCAUCUUGUUUACCCUAGAACAUACAUAGGUGCAUAAUCU